CCCUGGACACCUCCGCCACAAAGACCGGCGAUCAUCCCAUCAUCAAACCUGCAGCUAAUCCCUAGCGAGGCAAGUUGUUGGUCCAUUGUGAAUGCUUACGAUGGACUUCCACCUUUUCUUACUUCACUCUGUUGGUCUUUGACCUUCAUUCAAUGCCUCCUGUAUUCUUCGAAGUGGUACGACGAAGCUUUAAACCAUCGGAGACUUCUGAUGCGUUCUGGUUGCAAUGGAGGAAUCCAGGCGACGUCUUUUCUGUACUGUUAAUUCUAGGUGGUGACGUUGUCAGUCGUGCGUUGGCCCAACUCACUGGAACCUCCAUAACUCCGGUUGCGUUUUCAUUUGGAUGGGUUGCCUAUGCGGUUGCAGCUGUUGUCUCGGCUGUUGGUGAGAACAAGUUGAUGCCGCUCCCCGAUUGCAAUUGCAAAGUCAUCAACGCAAAGUCUGGCUAUGUUCGAGACAACAGCAGCUGGAUCGUUGGUCAGAUCGUGAGAGACUACGAGGAGUGGAUGGACAAGGAUAUCAAAAAGCAUCUUUCGGGAAUUUUGGAUGCUGCCUGGGAGAAAGAGAGAGACCAGGCGGAGAAGUAUCAGAAGGGCUCCGGAUCAAGUGUGCCCAGACCAAAACAGGCAGGUCUCUGUGUCUCAAUAUACAGAGCAGGCACAGCGGUAGUUGGGUGUCCAGGAUACGAUCUCGCUUACUACAUUGGCUUUGCGACUACCGUUCUCCAACUUGGAAUCGCAGCAAUCCCUUGCGGCAUCUUCGGCGACUGGGGCAUUCUCCUGGUCACUGUUGGCGGCAUCCUUCUGUCAUUCGCAUCGGGCAGUCUUUCAGAAUGGCGAGAGGAAAAGUGGGCCUGCCGCAGAAAUUCUUACAAGGAUGUCAUCCUUACCCGUGGUAAUGGUAGUCAACAUGCCAUUGUGGUCCUGGGUACGGGAAAGGGACUGGAUCUCGAAGACCUCGCGGCUGGUCAGACCAAUGUGGAUGUCUCAGCAUCUCGAUAUACCCGUGUCGUUGUCACGCUCCUUGCUGCUCUUUGGAUCAUACUGCUGAUCACCGCAGCUGGUCUGAAGAAGAAUACCUGGUUUCUCCUUGCCGUAGGCGGUAUUGGCAUGUUGCAGAACAUCUACGUUGCGGGUAAGCAACGUUCGCCACAGGCCUUUGGUGUUCCCCUUAAGUUCGUUAAGGUGAUCGGUAUGCCCAAGGUCAUGCAUACCCUGUUUGCAGUUGAGGAGCAAUACCCACAUAUCGGCGCCAGCAUGAGGGCUACUUUCUUUCCUUAUGAACUUCGACAUGAGGAAUUAGAGAAAUGGGGAGAGUUGAAAAGGGCUACUCUGUUAAAAGCUGAAGAUGUAGGACUUGAUCGAGAGUCUGGCAGUCACGGAGGCGGUACAGCUCAAAUCAUUCACCGGACCUCCAAGGAUGGACAUGGACCUUCCACAUCAAUGACAGCAGUCUAGAGGGUAUUGUCGCGGCCAAUCUGGAUCAUACUGCAUCCCAGACAACUGUCCUAUGACGUGUUACUGUGAAGUUCGAACACCAGAGAUUCUAGGUUUCACACCGUUCUUCGCUCCAACUGCUCUAUGAGUUCGGUCUCUUCUCCGUCAGAGAUCUGGAGCACAAACUUAUGAAACCCAAGUGACUUGCGCGAUAAGACAUCUCCUUUUCUGCUUCUAUCCAAGACCUCCAUGUACGCCUCUC